UAUCACAGCGCAACGAGCCGCUCCGUUCGCUGCAGAAGACCUUGUGCCUGGCUCUGUCACGUAGAGUACGGUUAUCGUUUUUCCCUUUUCCAUCUCCGGAAAGACUUUUUCGUUACGACGUUCGUUUUGUUUGUGCCGGAAAUAUUGACUGGAACUUUUUUGAUCGACGAAUUCAACAGUGCUAAUCAUGAAGACUCUGUUUUUUUUCGUUCUCACUCUCCUAACGAUCCUUGGAGAUCGAGCCUUGGGAUAUCCUCCGCAAGAGCGGCUCAUGCCAGAUGGAGCUCCAGUACCAAAAGAGGCUGCAGUUCACGAGGAUUCCGAGGCCUCGGCAUCGGAGAUUCGUACCGAUGACUACGACGAUCAAGAUGACUCGGACAUGUACAUGGAGCCAGACGGUGCUGGGACAGCCAACGAGGAAGCGACUCACGAAAGUGUCUCCGAACGUACCGAAACGGCGACUUCUUCUUCGGUUAGUGUUAGCCAAAGAAAUCCAAGUGGCGAGGAGAUACGCGUGAGUGCGACAAUUUCCCAGCCGAGAUUGCAGUCCGAUGGAGAAAUCGUAGUAACAUCCGCGGCUCGUCAGGUCGAUGACAAGAGUCUCGAGUCCGAUAGUCAAAACUUUUUCCCCUCCUUUGCCGAAUUGUUCGCCAAUCAUCGGCUAUCCUACAACGAGCAACAGCAGCAACAGCGUUACAGACCCAAUCGUUUCUUGGGUUACUUCCAGCGCGACCGCACCGCUUAUCAACCCGCAGCUUCCACCGUCAAGGACACCCAGCACCCGCUUCUCGGUUCCGGCAAUUUCGGCGUUAUCCGGGGUGGAACUUAUUACCCUGAGGAGAAGGAAAACGAGGAGUACAGCGGUGACGAGAGCCUCUACAAUCCUUACUACUCAGCCAAUGUUCCCAGAGCUCGAGCAAACUACUACAGAAAUCCGAAACCCCAGCCCGUUCGAGGAGGCGAUUUCUUCGCGAACUUCCGUGACUUUGCCGACAUAACGGCCCCACCGAAAUCGAGUUUCUCGCAUCUUUCGGUGGUUUACGCCAACAGGAAUGGAACCAAGGGGCACUCCAAUGAGCCGAGAAACAUUAUUGAAACAUUGAGAAUGCUUGAGGAGCAAGAUGACGAGACUGACAUCGCCAACGGUCUAACCACCACGACCGCCGAGCCACCAACGAAAAAGCUCAGUCAGGGCAAGAGGAAACUCAUCAUGAUGAAAGAAUACCACGAAGAAAAAGCUCGCAAAUCCCGCAUGACUGUCGAGCCUCUACUCGCUCUUAGUUGAACGUUAUCUAACCUAGCAUCGUGAGGUUUUUUUUACUAAAUUCGCUGUGCUACAAAACAAUACAAAAAAAAACGUGUACUCUUGGGCAAUGCGCGAGAGUGCUCAUCGGAAUUCCCCUUACACGUGGAAUCUGGCUCAAAGUCUGAGAGUUUCUAUUUUCUUUUUUUUUCUUCUUCUUUUUUUUUUUUUUUUUUCUUUCAAACACCUUCGACUGACGUUGCAGUAUACAAAAUAAAAGGCACGAACAGAGAAAGGCGUAAAGUACAUAGGCAUAUAGUACAUCGAUCGGAACUGCGCUUGCGGAAUGCCCUAGAAGCGCGAUCAAGAGAUCAGAGACUCAUUAUUUUCGGCAAAUCAUUUAGUUUUUAAUUGCUUAUUAAACAAACAAAAACGGUACAGAAACGUACGCACUUUGCGUGUCCUGACGGAAUCGAUCAAUCGGCACUCCGAUUCCUGCUCAUCAACAUAAUCUAUCUGAAAAUUUCAUUCGCUGCGAUUAAAAUGCGUCUGAGGUUCAAUUAUCGAACCACGAAACGGUGAGGAAAUCGGCUUGGUAGUAUUCGUCUCAAUUGAAAUUCGUGGCCCAGGAACUGACUCAAGAAAGUAUUACACGAAAUUUUGUGAGCUUUUAGACCUGCUGAUUUUAGAGUUUAGAUAAAACAACGUAUCAAGAUUGUUUCCCUUUCAUUUAUCUUCUUAUAAUUACCGGAUAUAAACCAGCGCCACGAAUUUCGAAGCAUUGUUAUCUCAUUUGUUGUUGACUAUUGUAGUUUGUAGUGAUAUAGUAUUACGCACUAAUAAUGUUAAGCGAGAAAAACAAAAUGGAAAAUAAAUAUGGAAUAGUUAAGUUAAGUCAUUGUAAAAAAAAGGAAAAAAAAACACACACACAAAAAACAAGAAAAAAGGUUCUUUAUAUACAACUCUGCAGGGCGCAUGGAAACAUACGAAUAAACUAUAUUUUUGGUAAA